UUACAUUCUAAUUAUUUUGCAAAAUGCCCCUUCCCGCUCUAACUACUCUCCAUUUCUCCAUCCUCACUUCACACUCAAUCAACUAUCUACCAUAAACCCUAAAUCCUCGAAACCCUAAAAAUGAGAAUCUUCAUUUUUCGCAUCUCCAAUUUCGUAAACCGAAAUCUCAAAAAUUCACCAUGGAUUCAUCACCGCCAACACAACCCCAUCAGAGAAAUGUCACAAUCCACCUCAAUCCCCAAAAAACAACUACGAAUUCGCGACCAUGGCUACGACAAUUACAUGGAAAUCGAGAAGAAAACCCGAAAAGUCCUCAAAUUUCAGAGCCUCAUCCUCUCUGAACCCAAUCAGUCAAUCCCAAUCCCUCGUCUUGAAACCCUAGCUCAUCGUAUUGGCUUCACGCGCCACGAAGCCAGCGCGUUUAUUCUUAAAUUCCCGCAUGUGUUUGAAAUCUUCGAGCACCCGGUUCAGCGUAUCCUCUUCUGCAGGUUGACCCGGAAGGCCAUUCUUCAGAUUGAACAGGAGCAGCUUGCCCUUGCAGAGCAAGUUUCGCAAGCGGUCAUGCGCCUCCGGAAGCUUCUUAUGAUGUCGAAUGGGCUUCGAUUACGCCUGGAGCAUGUGAGGAUUGCGCGGUCGGCCUUUGGGCUACCGGGUGAUUUUGAGUACUCGGUUGUUUUGAGGUAUCCUGAAUUUUUUCGGUUAAUUGAUGCUAAGGAAACUAGGAAUAAGUAUAUUGAGCUUGUUGAAUUUGACCCUAAGUUAGGAAUAUGUGCAAUUGAAGAUGCUAGGGAGAGAGUUUAUAGAGAGAGAGGUAGUGAUGCUGAAGAUAUUAGGUUUUCUUUUUUGAUUGAUUUUCCACCUGGUUUUAAGAUAAGCAAGUAUUUUAGGAUUGCGAUGUGGAAGUGGCAAAGGUUACCUUAUUGGUCGCCUUAUGAGGAUGUUUCUGGGUAUGAUUUGAGGUCGAUUGAGGCGCAGAAGAGAAUGGAGAAAAGGGCUGUUGCCACCAUUCAUGAAUUGUUAUCCAUGACUGUGGAGAAAAAGAUUACUUUGGAGAGGAUUGCGCAUUUUCGGAUGGCAAUGCACUUGCCGAAAAAGUUGAAGGAAUUUUUGCUUCAGCAUCAGGGGAUUUUCUACAUCUCCACCAGAGGAAAUCACGGGAAGCUUCACACUGUUUUUCUUAGGGAGGCUUAUAGGAAAGGUGAGUUGGUUGAGCCUAAUGAUUUGUAUUUGGCGCGGAGGAAGCUUGCUGAGCUUGUGAUUUUGAGCCCUCGGAAAGCUAGAGUUGAUAGGGAAUUGGUUGGGUACAGGAGGAGCAAGUUAGAUGAUGAAAUGGGGCAAGUAACAAGAGCAUAUGUUGAGGAUGCCUGUGAAGACUUUAGGGGUGGAGAUGGUGUAGGACAUAGUGAGGAUGCAGAAGAUGAUUUGUCAUCAGAUAUUGGUUCUGAGGUUGAUUCCGGAGAUGAGGAUGAUGAUUUUGAUGGUAGUGUAUCAAUUCAAAGGAACUCACCUAAGUGAGAGUAUACUAUUUGGAGAAUCUUUUCAAUCUUCCAAUUACGUUGUUGGGAAGUCUCUUUGAAGGGAUUGGACUUUCUCCCAUGGCGAUUUUAACUGACGUGGAACUGAAAAUCUUCACUAUUUAACCUCACUCUUAUCACUGUCUCAUUUUUAGUAGAUGACUAAGAUUUCCACCAGCCAAAAUAUCAUUUGAGAGAAUCCAUUCCCGUCUCUUGUAUAGUUUUGAAACUUCAGAAGCAGCAAUAUGAAAUUAAGUUUCUUGUUUCUACUGCAUCUUAACUUUUUAUAUGACUAGAAAUCAAACUAAGUAUCAGGGUUUUACAAUGCUCAUACAUCCUGCACACCAACCACUUGCGCUAGACUCCGUUGGUAUCUCAUAACUGAAGUGAGAUUUUUUAUGUGAUUGAUUGGCCACUGUGCUAACAUGGGAAGAAGUACACUUCAUGGUUAACCAUGAAAAUGUGGGAGGCUUUUUUAGAAGAUUAUAUUGAGGAUGAUAACUGAUGUAAACUCAGAUUUUCAACCAAGAGAAACUUUGUGUUACUUUAUCAUUUCCAAAGUAAAAUAGUAACUUGGAAGUAAAGGUAUCAACCCAGUCACGGACUCCUUUCCCUGCGUCGCUUUAUAUCUGGACAUACAGGAACCAUUUUUGUAGAAGAAAAUCAUGUGUAACGAAUAAGUGUUAAUCUUGAAGCCUUGUGCUGUUGAGAAAUCAAGGGCUUCACUUGAAGCAAGCCAUCUGCAUUUGCUUUCAUAUCACUCAAUUAAAUCUCUGUACUUUCAAAUUUUGAUACUAAUUUACUACAAAAUAGAAUUUUCCUUCAAGAAACUGUUGUAUACUCCAUGAUGUACUGAAUGAAUGGACUGUAUAUAUUUAUUUGCAGGAUUUUCA